CCGCCCCUCUCCCCGCCCACAAUGGUGCGGCCUUCUGCCCGCGGCCCGUGCAAGAUGGCGGGGUUUGCAGGGCUCCGUCCCGGCCUCGGUCGGAGGUAGCGGCGGCCUCGGAACGGGGCGACAGGCCGCGGCGAUGCACUUCUCCAUCCCGGAGACCGAGACCCGCGCCGGGGAAGGCGGCAACGCGGCCUACGUGGCCUACAAUAUCCAUGUGAACGGUGUCUUACACUGCCAGGUGCGAUACAGUCAGCUGCUGGGCCUGCACGAACAGCUAAGGAAGGAGUAUGGCGCCAACGUGGUACCGGCCUUCCCCCCAAAGAAGAUCUUCACUCUCACCCCAGCAGAAGUCGAGCAACGACGGGAGCAGCUGGAAAAGUACAUGCAGGCGGUACGACAGGACCACUUGCUGGGAGGCAGUGAGAUCUUCAACAGCUUCCUGCGCAAAGCUCAGCAGGAGACCCAGCAGAUCCCCACUGAAGAGGUGCAGCUGGAGGUGCUUCUGUCCAACGGGCAGAAGGUCAAGAUCAACAUCCUCACCUCAGAUCAGACCGAGGAUGUCCUCGAGGCAGUAGCCUCCAAGCUGGACCUGCCAGAGGACUUGAUUGGCUACUUCCACCUUUUCCUGGUACGAGAAGCCAAGGACGGAGCCUUUUCCUUUAUCCGGAAACUGCAGGAAUUUGAACUGCCAUACGUGUCUGUCACCAGCCUCCGCAACCCAGAGUACAAGAUCCUUCUGCGGAAAAGGUGGUGUGGGAGUGUUAGGAGCAAGCAAUGCAGACGUCUCUACUUCCUCGUCAUGCCCAUCUCUUCACAGACGGUAGCGGACAUUGAGCGGGGCUGGAUACUUGCCAGCAAGGAACAGCACCGUCAGUUGAAGUCCUUGCAGGAAAAGGUCUCUAAGAAGGAGUUCAUCCGCCUGGCACAGACCCUCAAGUAUUAUGGCUAUCUCAAAUUUGACCCCUGUAUUACUGACUUCCCUGAGAAAGGCUGCCAUGUCAUUGUCGGAGCUGGGAACAGUGAGUUGAACUUCCAGGUCAAGCUGCCCAAUGACCAGAUCAAGGAGGGGAGUUUCAAAGUAACCCGCAUGCGCUGCUGGCGGGUUACUUCCUCGGUACAUAAGCCUCAGGCUCUUACCCUGCACGUUUCUCAGGUCCCUGUGAACAACGGCACCUCGGGCCCAACAGCUGGCAAGUCAGAAGUGAAGUUGGAACUGGCCUUUGAGUAUCUGAUGAGCAAGGACCGCCUGCAGUGGGUCACCAUUACCAGUCCACAAGCUAUAAUGCUGAGCAUCUGCCUGCAGUCCAUGGUGGAUGAGCUGAUGGUGAAGAAAUCAGGAGGCAGCAUCCGCAAGAUGUUCCGCAGGCGAGCCAACGGUGCCCUGCAGCGUUCGGAUAGCCAACAGGCAGUAAAGUCGCCUCCACUUCUGGAUUCUCCCGAUGCCAACAGGGAAUCAAUUGCAAAGGUCUCGAGCAAGCUCAGCUCUGUCAGCCUGCGGCCAAUCAACCAUUCCAGCUCUUCCACCGACAUCCGGGCCAACGACUUUCAUGGCAACUUUGCCUUUGAAGGCAUCGGCGAGGAGGACCUUUAGGUGCUCAGCUCUGUCGCACCUGUGGAAUGUAUAACCUGCUCCUGGGUUGUGAUAUGGAUGUGCCUCAACCCUGGCCUGGCCUCCCCUGUCCUCCGUGCCUGCAGCCUAUGGGGACUUGCUUUGCCCUUUGCAAGGCAGCCACAUGGGGCAACCGGCUGGCAGCUUCAGCUCCAUACAUGCCAAGUUAGGGUAGAGUGGACACUCGCACAAAAAGAGCCCUCGUGGCUCUGGCACUAACCAUAGACUCCAGCAUAAUCGCUAGGCUUGUAACCUUGUUUUAAUCUUCCUGCUGUUUACAGAUGAACAUUAACGAAUGUUUGUGGCAAUGAUUAAAUAGUCCAUGAUUGGGAAUGGAGCCUGCGA